CGCCCGGCUCGCGCACGCGCGGGGCUCCAGGAAGUGCCGACUGCGCUUCCGGUGCAGCUUCCCGGCCUGAGGAUGGAGGUCCUCCAGCGGCUGCGGCGCUUUGACGCCUACCCCAAAACCCUGGAGGACUUCCGUGUGAAAACCUGCGGGGGGGCCAUGGUGACGGUGAUCAGCAGCCUGAUCAUGCUGCUGCUGUUUUUCUCUGAGCUUCAGUACUACCUCACCAAGGAGGUCCAUCCUGAGCUAUAUGUCGAUACCUCACGAGGGGAAAAACUAAAAAUCAACAUUGACACCAUUUUUCCUCAUAUGCCCUGUGCAUACCUGAGCAUCGAUGCGAUGGAUGUGGCAGGCGAACAGCAGCUCGACGUGGAGCACAACCUCUUCAAGAAGCGGCUGGACCUGGGGGGCAACAUCAUCUCCUCCGAGGUGGAGAAGCACGAGCUGGGGAAGCAGGACAAGGUCUUCAAUGCCACAAAGCUGGACCCGGGCCGGUGCGAGAGCUGCUAUGGGGCAGAGAGUGAAGACAUGAAGUGCUGCAACACCUGCGCUGACGUGCGGGAGGCGUACCGACGGAAGGGCUGGGCGUUCAAGAACGCGGACAGCAUCGAGCAGUGCAUGAGGGAAGGAUUCACACAGAAGCUGCAGGAGCAGAAGAACGAGGGCUGCCAGGUUUAUGGUUUUCUGGAGGUCAACAAGGUCGCUGGGAAUUUCCACUUUGCUCCGGGGAAAAGCUUUCAGCAGUCACACGUGCAUGUACAUGCUGUUGAGAUUCAUGACCUGCAAACAUUUGGAUUGGACAAUAUAAACAUGACCCACUACAUCAGGCACCUCUCCUUUGGCAGUGACUACCCAGGGAUAGUCAACCCUCUCGAUGGAAGCAACAUCACGGCUCAACAAGCCUCCAUGAUGUUCCAGUACUUUGUGAAGAUUGUCCCCACCAUUUACGUGAAGUUAGAUGGCGAGAUGGUGAGGACCAACCAGUUCUCGGUGACGCGGCAUGAGAAGGUGGCCAACGGGCUAAUCGGGGACCAGGGGCUGCCGGGGGUCUUCGUGCUGUACGAGCUCUCACCCAUGAUGGUCAAGUUCACAGAGAAGCACAGAUCAUUCACGCACUUUCUGACCGGGGUCUGUGCCAUUAUCGGAGGGGUGUUCACAGUGGCAAGCUUGAUCGAUUCGCUGAUCUACUACUCUGCCCGGGCGAUUCAGAGGAAGAUUGAGCUGGGGAAAGCCUCGUAGCAGUGGAGAGACUGCUGGCCGUGGCCUGAGCGCAGGACAGCCCAUCGCCACCCUCAACCACUUCACCCACAAUCAGACUGCUCCUGCGGCCCGUCUGGCUGGCUGUCGUUUAUAACCACCGUGAGCAGCUCUUCCUGUGUGUCGGUAUCGUGAGGGGCAAUCCAGCAAACCCCACUGGCAGGUACCCCUCAAUCCCGGCCCUUCCCCCCACACCCCUCCCUCCCUCCUCCACAACCACCCUCUCUCCCAUCCCCACACCCCCUCCCUACCUCCCUCCCCUACACCCUCCCUCCUUCCCCCACACCCCCUCUCUCCUCCACACCUCCUCUCUCCCAUGCCCACACCCUCCCUCUCAGAUUCUCUCUCCCUCCCUCCCUCCUGUCUUUCCUCCCUCCCUCCCUCCCUGUGUGCCUCCCGCCCCAGUCCCUGACUCUACCCCCAUUGACCACAGUGACAGACCCGCUGGCACCAGAGCCUGAAAUGGUCAAAGUUUCACCAUCCGUCGUGGAAAGUUCCAGUUUUUAAAGGACAAUCGUUAUCCAAAGGAAUGCUUGUAUUUGUGUUAGUGUUGGCUGCGAGUUCUGCCCUGGGUUUGGGCAGCGUGGUGAAGGGCAGAGUUGGCCUUCGGCCUUGGGACCUUGGGAACUGAUUCCCUGGAGAGGAGAGGAGAGGAGAGGAGAGGGAGAAACGGAUCUGUGGGCCUGACCUGCGUCCUACACUGAGAUGCGAUCAGCAAAGCCCUUGGAAAAUCAUGAGGGGACCAGGGAGAGGAGGAGAGGGUAGCCCUGUUGGACAAAUGAUUAACCAGCAGAGUAGGUGGUGGGGCAGCAGAGAGGUGUGCCAGGAUUUUGUGAUACGGUUGAAUUUUACUAAUCAGGGUUAAGUGGAACAACAAAAUCAACAUUUGCAACUGAUUCUUGUCAUUUACAUAAAAUAAAAUAGUUUACAAACAUUGAA